GCAGCGCCAACAGCUUUGCCGCGAUUCACCUAAAGUCUUUGGGGGCGUGUUGCUUGUAUUUAUUUCGGGAUGAAUCUGCUUGUAGACCAGUUUGCUCCUUCUGUACACCCUCGCUCUUAUAAAUCAUGACUCUAUAUAAAGCCCUUGCCCUCCCUUCCCCUCCCCUCACCCACACGAUCAUGUACUUGACCUACUCAAGCUAAUCUUCUUUACUUUAUUCCCUUCUAGACUGGUUUGCUCACCCAUUGACCAAUCCCUCCCUCCCCAAGUACAACUACAAAGAUGCUUCCCGUCAAAGAGCUCAAAGACAACUUGUUUCGGCCAUGGUUCCUCAUGUUUUGGGCCUUCAAGUUAGCCCUCAGAACCAUUGGGCGUCUUAUUGCAGCCGGUGACUUUGCAACUCUCUUCUCCCCUUCUGCCCUCUUUGAUGCCUGCUUUGCCAACUUCUGGGGCCUCCUCUCGCCUGGCUUCAAAGACGACAUGGCUCCAGUGGUUCGUCCACUUUAUGAAGGUCGCCUACACGAUGGCAAGGUUGUUGAUAAGCCUGUUCAUCCUCCAGUCAGUGGUGUUGUCCUGGAGCUCGGUGCAGGCAAUGGCAGUUGGAUCAAGGAGUUCGCCGAGAUUGGCAACAUCAACACCACUGGCAGCGAUGACAAGCUUCGCAAGCGAGGCGGCACUGGUAAACCAACCAUCAGCAAGAUUUAUGCUGUGGAACCUGUACUACAGUCUGUCGAGGUGCUCCGAGAGCGUAUUCAAGAGGCGGGCAUGGAGCAUGUCUACGAGGUGGUCCCGGUCGGCGUGGAGUCCAUCAACGAUCCUUCCAAAUGGGAUGGCAAGAUUGAGCCCGAGAGCCUUGAUUGUAUCGUUACAGUCUUCUGCCUUUGCAGUAUUCCUGAGCCUGAAAAGAAUAUUGCGGCUUUGUAUGCGCUUUUGAAGCCUGGCGGUCGUUGGUACGUCUACGAACAUGUCCGGUGCCAUCGUUCCGUCUUUUGGAUUGCAAUCUACCAGCGUAAGUGCCCUCAUUCAAAAGCUAAAACAUUUUCUAACCACCUUUCUAGGCUUAAUCGAAUUUCCCUGGAAGUAUUUGGUGGGCUGUGGGCUUGCCAACCCGGCCGGGCCGCAGCUUCUUAACGCUGGCAAAUGGUCCCAUGUUGACCUUGGUAGCCCGGACGAAGAAACUCCUUACGAGGUUAUACCUCAUAUAGGCGGUGUCCUCACAAAGUGAAGCAGUACAUGCAGGCGAAUAUGGAAUAGAGUCUCUCUUAAGUAGCGUUAGAUUGUAAGGGGUAUCUUUGGGGGUGAGCUAUUUGGCUCAACUCUAAUGCUAUAGUUCGUCAUCAUCAUCUUCAAUCAAGAAUAUGGAAUUCCGCUGGCCUGUGCCGGUUUCUCUCAUCAUACCACUCUCAGACAAGACAUCUUCUUUGUGACCUUGCUCUUCUCUUUUCGCAACCGGCUCCGUCUUCAAAGCCUUGGGUUCCGGUUUAACAUGUUUCAUAUCCUCUUUGCUAUCGCUCUCUUGGCCAUUAUCCAACUUGGGCUUGACAUCCUCCUUCUUGAUGUCAUCAAGCUUGACACCCUCAGACUUAAUACCCUCGGAUUUCACUCCUUCGUGCUUGAUCUCCCCGUGCUUCAGCAGGUCGUCCUUGAUGUCUUCAUCUUCAGUCUCCUCAUCCUUGAAACUCUCGUCUUUAAUACGGCUAUUAACGCCCUCGCUUUUGACUAUUGCGGCUUCGAUGCUAGAAAUUGGCGUCUCGUCGCUGAAUGUAGACCUGUUUGCAGCUGCUAGUGCAGCAAGCCUCUGUCUCCUUUUGUAGAAUUUCUCCAGGCAAUUGAUUCUUGCUUCCUGAGACCACCCUUCGACAAUGAGUGCAAACUCACGAGCAUUCACAAACCCAAACUCGCGCGACAUCUCACAUAGCUGCCGAAGACACACAUCAGCUGGUGGGUGAAACAAUAUCGUUCCAGAUUGAGACUCGGCGGUUGAAAACAGUGCGCUGUGGCCUUCCACGUCCCCUUCUUCAUACGACAUUAGCUCGGCUCUCUUGGAUAAUUCCUCUUCGACCUUCGAGGAUCCAACCACUUCAGCAUUAUCGUGGGUAUAUUCUACUCCAGCAGACGUUAGGAUAGCCUGGAUAGCGUCCGUUUUGGGCUGGGCGGAUUUUCUCUUUUCAAUAAGCCUUUGCUGGUCUUCAGCAGUGAGAAGAGCCGCUAACUGUCGCAUACCGCCAUCUUCGCCAUCAGCCUCUUCUUUCUUGACUAAAGCCAGUCCAUCCUCAUCGGUAGCUGCUUUGUCCAUAUCCACAUCAACCAAGCUCACGCCCGCCUUGGCUUCUGCAAUGUUCGUUUUAUUGACAAUGUCGCGGAGAAGACUGCUGUCGCUGUGGUAUGUGAAGAUAUUGGACAACCCAAAGAUUUCUCCCUUUCUGUCUGCAUCUUGUUGGACUCCUCGAAAGUACCGUCUCUCCGAAGAGGCAGUGUAGCCAAUGUUGGCUUGCUGCUGUUUAUACACUUGGCGAGCAUAUACAAUUUCUUCAACGGUUCCGAGGGAGAUGAAACGGAAAACUUCGACGUCUCGGGUCUGUCCAAUACGAUAUGCUCUAUCCUGAGCCUGGAGAUCAAAGGACGGGUUCCAAUGCGGAUCCAUGAUGACCACCUUGUUAGCAGAAGUGAUGUUAAGCCCAACGCCACCUGCUUUGGUAGAAAUGAGGAAAACGAACUGCGACGGGUCAGAAUUGAAUGUAUCAACGACUGCCUGUCUCUCUUCAUACUUCAAAGAACCGUCGAGAUAGCUCAAUGAAUAGCUAGUGUUGUGGAAGAGAUGGACCAGGAUGCGAAGCAAUCUCACGCUAUGUGAGAAAACUAGAACCUUGUCGCCAUUGCCAUGCCAGAACUUGAGCAAUUUCUUCAAGACUUUCCACUUGCCGCAGAGCUCAGGAUUUACCAAGCUUGUUAUGCGGUCUCUGUCUUGGUACAUCCUUCUCCAGUCGUUUGGAAAGCAUACCUUGAGCAGCUCUAGCUCGUUUUUAUGCUUCUCAUCUCCUUCUAUUGUUGAUGGUAUCAUCAAGUUGACAUGAUUUGCAAGUUUCUGCAAGGCAAACAUGCUAGGGAAUACGACACUUUGCCAUGUCUUUCCGUUGGGCAAAUGGGUUCCACAGCACCAUCCUCGUUUCUUCCCAUGUUCACAUCCUUCCGAGAUAUUGCGAAUUAUGGUGAUUUCUUCACUGUCGAGAAAUGUUUCGUAAGCCUCGCGUUGGAAAUCUGUUAGUGGGCAGAAGACAACUCUGUCUGUCUUCUUUGGCAGCUGGUCCGCAAUAAGACUCUUCAUUCGUCUUAAGAAGAAUCGCGGUAAAAGGUUUUGCACUAGCUUCUUCGCCGUUUGGCGAGCAAGGCUAAGCUGUGCGUUUGUUGCUUCAUGAGACUGUCCAACUGCCAAGGGCUUGCUGACGCUUCGGGUCCAUUCAGUCUUUGUCCCGAACUGACCUGGGUUUGUCCAAUCCAGCAACGUCCACAGCUCUUCAUAUUUGUUCUGAAUCGCAGUACCUGUUAGGCCAAUACGACAGAGAGCAUUGAUUUGAUUGAGGGCCUUAGUUGUCUCUGAGUGGCGGUCCUUCAGCUUAUGGCAUUCGUCCGCAAUGAUAACAUCCCACGGCACCAUGUUUACAUGGCUACAUCCAUUCUUGUAUGUUUCGUAGGUCGUUAUCAUCACCUCCAGAAGACCAGCUCGGGCUGUCCCUAAAACAUCGUCCUUGUUGGGUCCAUGGUAGAUGUCUGCGUGCCACCAACCCCAUCUAUCAAGCUCGUUUUUCCAAUUCAUAAUCAACGAUCCUGGGCAGAUGAUAAGAACUCUGGGGUACCAUCUGUCGGGGUAAUUUCUGAUAGCACGCAACCGUCUUUGAUCACGAUCAUCGCCAGUUUUACCGAAAGCAACUGCUAAAAAUGCAGCAACCUGGACCGUUUUCCCCAGGCCCAUAUCAUCACCCAAUAUAGCUCCUUCUUGGUAGACAAACUUGCGAUGCAGAAACUUGACGCCGUCAAUCUGGUAAUCUCUCAGAUAUUGAGCUAUCGGUGCAGGGAUGACGCCCGCAGACUGCGGUAGCUCAAUAUCUUGAUAUGGUCUCCAAGGUCUGAUUCCGCUGGCUUCACUAAAUACAGGCCGCUCUUCCGGAACCGAAUCAAAACUGCGGCUUUCAAGAUCGAUACCUUCAUAGUCUGGUGGUAUCAUCAACGCACCAACGUGGUAUUUUCGGCGCUUUUCGUCAAAUUCUGCGCGUCUUUCGCGCAAAUAAUCCGGUAUAUCUGCCAUGGCAUCCUCAUCCUCGCCUGAAUCACCGUCAUUAAGGGCUUCGGCGUCAAUCUUUUUGGUAGACUUGGUAGACUUGCUCUUGACUUUGCGCUUCUUCUUGGGCUUGCUGGGCACCGAAUCGGACUCAUCAGUCCAGAUGAUUUUGUAGCCUUCUUCUUCAACUGGUUCUAUCUUUCUCUUCUUGUCCGUAUUUUCUGAUUUGAUUGAUAGCACAUCGUCAGCUUCCGAGGCAGUGUCAUCAAUGACCACCACGUUAUCGCGGUUAGUGGGCGACAUGGCGCGUGCUACUGGUUCCAGUGCUGUUGUGGGGAACUGCAUGCGAUCAGACUGUUGAUUCCAUUUCGAUUAUAUCUUCGACGUUGUUACUCUUGAUUUCUUUUAUUAAAUAGCUGUCCUUGGUCUUCAAUGUAUCAUUUUUGGUGAGUGAUGUGCUGGUG